AUGAAUAAUACAAAGAACAAUUGUCCAAUGUAUUUUAGUAGAAGAGACAACAAAUUGGCGGACAAUAUGAACAACAUAAGCAAAAUAUCAUAUAAGACAAGUUUUCAAAUCACAAUUCUCAAACAGAAUUUGAAUUUAAAGCUAUCCAUCCCCAACUAUAAAAGCUUUUUCCUCUUUCGCUCCAUAUUCGAUCGACGCCAUUCACAACAACCCAAUCCAUGGCCCUCCGUGGAGGAUUUCUUACUGAUUCUAGACAUCAAAAACCUGAAAGACCCUGACAAAUUCUUCAUGGCCCAUGAACCGUUACAAAGAAGAGAAAUCCAAGCAGGUAUUGUGCCAUCUGAGUCAAAUCAGGAUUCAACUAAACCACGGGAGUGUCAGCCGGGACUUCCAGGGUUUAUUCCAAGGCCAGUUCAAUACAGACGUCUGUUUUCAAAAGAAACUUUGGACAAUAAUGAUAAUGACUUAUCCUCCCAAAAGGCGUUUGAGUUUGACAGUAUAGAUCGUGUUCGUGAUAACAGUGACAAAGGCGAAACGUCUCUUGCAUCAUUGUAUAAUGAAAAAACUGCUAUUGAAGAGAAGAUUGAUGGCAUAUUGAAAGGAUUGCUUACUUGGGGUUCUGUAGAACUAGAGGGGGUUGGAGCAAUGAAUCUUUUGCAGAAGAGGUUACAUAUCAAACCCAUAAAUAAUUUGUUGAAAGAAGAAAUAGACAUUAAGACGCCUCCUAGGUGGAAUGUAGGAUACGCCGAGAAGCAGUUAACUUCACCCACGCCACCAAAAAGUCCAUUUGCUUUGUUUUCAACACUGCAGAAGUACAUUUCACGGUCAAAGCCAUCAGUGGAUCCAUUUUCUUUUUCAGCUCGUGAAAGUGAUCAUGUAUCGACCAAAAAAUAUUCACCAACUCAUAUGAUAAACCAAGGAGUCAAUAUUGUUGGUUCUAGUGAGCCGUCAGAUGAGCUGGGUGCACCUUUAAUUGAAAAUGAAGUUGCAGUUUGUGAGACCUGUUCGAUUGACGAUCCUAUCAGAAAUUGCACCUGUACUCCUCAAAAGUCGAUGAUGGAUAAUUCAAUGGAACCUGAGUUGAAUGCUAAUGUUGACUCGAAUGAACCUUCUGUUGACAUGGAUCUAGAUAUUGGAGGUAGUGGUAUGGGAAAAAGAGUUAUGGAUGACGCAGCGGGAAGACAAAAUGUCGAGCCAAAUGAACCUAAUCAAUUUGAGGAUAAAAUGCUGGCAGAAAAUAUGCAGGAAAUUACAACUUCUAUACCAACAAAUGAUUCAAAUUUCAACUUGGUGAUUCCACUAGUAAGGAGAAGCAGCAGGUUCAAGACAAGGCCUUUGAAGUAUUGGAAAGGGGAAAGAAUGGUGUAUGGUCGUGUACAUGAGAGUUUGAGUACUGUCAUUGGGGUGAAGCGUUUGGUUCCAGGAAGCGAUGGGAAACAGACCAUGGAGGUGAAGUCAUUUGUAUCAGAUAAAUACAAAAAGCUUUUUGAGGCUGCUUCUCGAUAUUAAGAGUGAGAGAAGAGGUUUAGGAUUAAAGAAGAUUUAAACAUAUGAUUAGUCCUUAUAAAUUUGACGAGUUUAAUAGUAUUAGUCAAGUAAAAAUAUAUUGGUUUUUACAAAAUCAGAUUGUACUUAUUUUAUAAAAAUGUUUUAAAAGACUAAUUUUAACAUUAUGUAACAUAAAUAUAUGUUAUUCAAAAUUAAAACAUAGUCGAAAUCACAAUUGUGUCAUUGCUGUCAAAUGAGACGGUUUCUGAAGUAUGAAAUAGAACUAUGACAAAUGGAACAAUGUGUUCUAAUUGUUAAAUGUGACAAUUGGAAUUAUUAUGUCACCUAAUAGAAUUCAUCCCACCUAAUACACUUGCAAAUUGUUCAAAAUG